AGGAAAUUGCUGUUUAACAACAUCCCUUACUUCUGUUAGUGGUAGUAAAGUGAAGUUGUCAUUGUCAUUUUAAAAGAAUUCCAACCGGCAAUUUUUCUUCUUUUAUUCGUUGUUUAAAAAACACAAUGCCUAUCUUCAAAGUCAAGGUAAAGUGGGGCAAAGAAGUAUUUAAUGAUGUUGAGGCAAACACAGAUGAAGAACCCAUUUUGUUUAAAGCUCAACUGUUUGCAUUGACUGGUGUUCAAAAUGAGCGACAGAAAGUUAUGUUAAAAGGUGCUACACUGAAGGACGCUGAUUGGGGCAAUAUCAAGCUGAAAGAUGGGGCAGUUGUUUUGCUCAUGGGCAGCAAAGAGGAGGAUGUCCCAAAUGAACCUAAACAGAAACCAAUUUUUGUUGAGGAUAUGAAUGAAGAUGAACUAGCAAGCGCACUUGACUUUCCAUCUGGAUUAACCAACUUGGGCAAUACUUGUUACAUGAAUGCAACCAUUCAAUGUCUCAAAACUGUUCCUGAGCUUUGUGAUGCUUUGAAAGAAUUUAAAGGAGAGGUCAGUUUAAGUGGUGGAAUGUUAGCUGGAUCUGUUACUGCAGCACUUCGUGAUUUGUACUCAGCUAUGGAUAGAGGGAAUGGGUCAUCAAUUCCACCUUUCAUUCUUCUUCAAGUUCUUCAUGCGGCAUUCCCACGUUUUGCAGAGAAGUCUUCCCAUGGAGGGUUUCAACAACAGGAUGCUAACGAGUGUUGGACGGAGAUACUUCGAAUGUUACAGCAGAAACUCCAAGCCAGAAAUGGCACCAAUCAGUCUCGUCAAUAUUCAUCCAUCAUCGAUCAGUAUUUUGGAGGUCGUUUCACGUGUGAAUUAAAAUGUACCGAAAGUGAAGAGGAGCCAACAACCGUGAGUGAAGACAAUUUUUUGCAGCUGAGUUGUUUUAUUUCGCAAGAAGUAAAAUAUAUGCACUCCGGUUUAUUAUCGAGGCUCAGUGAGCAGAUAACCAAACAAUCUCCAACUCUUGGGCGGGAUGCGAUUUACAUCAAAUCGUCAAAGAUAAGCCGAUUGCCUGCAUAUCUGUCCAUUCAGUUUGUUCGUUUCUUCUAUAAAGAGAAGGAAGCGAUCAACGCAAAAAUUCUCAAGGACAUUAAAUUUCAACUUAGUUUAGACGUAUUCGACCUUUGCUCAGCAGAAUUGCAACAGAAGUUGAUUCCUAUGAGGUCCAAAUUCAAGGAAUAUGAAGAUCGUAAAAUAGAAGAAGUAAAGGUUGCAAACAAGCCAGGCGAUUCCCAAGUGGCAAAAGCUGACGUGAAAACCGCUCCUUAUUGGUUUGAAGAUGAUAUUGGAUCAAAUAAUUCGGGUUACUACCAACUUCAAGCAGUUUUGACACAUAAGGGUCGCAGCAGUGGAAGUGGACAUUACGUUGGAUGGACAAGAAAACCUGGAACCAAUCAGUGGUUGCAAUUAGAUGAUGACAAGGUUACACCGAUAAGCGAAGAAGAUGUUCUUAAGUUAUCUGGAGGCGGUGAUUGGCACUGUGCCUAUGUACUUCUUUACGGACCACGUUUAUUGGAGAUUGACGAAGGUACGGACAAAAUGGACACUACAGUGUGAUUGCCCUGCGAUUUCUUUCAUUGUCCCAAGUAUUCAGCCAAUAAAUUGAUAUAACCGAAA